AUGGUGGAGAAGAGGCUUCUUGAAGAAGACAUGGAGGUGCUGGGGACUGUUGAGGGGGGCCCAGACCCAGCGCUCAACGGCCAGUUGGCCAACGUGGUGGAGCAGUGCCGGGCGAAGAACAUGCCCAAGGCCUCCAUCGAGGCAGCCAUCCGUGGCGCGGUAGGUCCUGGGGGAUUUGGUCUGCUGGAGGUCCUCACUGACAACCCUCGGCGGAGCCAGCAAGAUGUCCGGCUCAUUCUCACCCGUCACGGGGGAAUGAUGGCCGAGGGGGCACGACACGGCUUUGAGCAGAAAGGGGUGGUGCGCGUGGGGCCACGGGACCGUCAGGGCCACCUGGUCUCUCUGGAGGCAGCGCUGGAGGCAGCGCUGGAGGGCGGGGCCGAGGACGUCUGCCCGGACGAGGAGGAGGAGGAAGAAGAGGAGCCAGCACUGAAGUUCAUCUGCGAGACUUCAGCCCUGCGGACCGUGCGAGAGCGUCUGGAGGCCUCGGGGCUGUGCCCACUCUCAGCUGCCAUCGAAUACUUGCCCCGGGACCGGGUGACGCUGCCAGAGGGGACGCGGGAGCAGGCGGAGCGCCUCCUCCAGGCCCUCAGCGACUGCCCCGACAUCGUCCGCCUCUACCACAACAUCCAAUAG